CCUCCACUCCUUUUUUUCCUCUGUUCCUUUUUUCCCUCCUAUUCCAGGCACUGGAGCAAUCGCAUGUGAAUAGACAGAGAGGUUGAAUGGUGAGCUGUCAGUGCAGAGCUCCCCUGCGUCGUUCAGCUGCCUGUCUCUGUCAAAGCAGCUCUCGAGUACUGGAGUAUCUGUCAGCCUGACGCACACUCCUCCUCUCACCGGCGGUCUUCUCGCGCGUCCCCACGACUCACGCGCACCGACGCACACACCUGGGACGUCCCUGGGAACCUGAGCAGAGGGAGAGAGGUUCCUGGUUCCUUUGGUGGAUGACCUCUUCGCUCCUGCUCAGCUCCACAGCAUCAUGAACAAGAUGAAGAACUUCAAGCGGCGUUUUUCUCUGUCCGUCCCUCGCACCGAGACCAUCGAGGAGAACGAGUUCACCGAGCAGAUCAACCAGCUCAACAUCCGACACACUCAGGCUCUGGCCCCAGACAGCCUGGCACUGCCUUCUCUGUCCACCGAUGCCAGCCCGGUGAGCUCUGAGCCAGACACCCCAGGAGCACAGUCCCCCUCCCAGCUCCACUACCGGAGCAAGGCCCACAGACGGUUCUCCAUGGAGGACGUCAGCAAGCGCAUGUCUUUGCCCAUGGACAUCCGUUUGCCUCCAGAGUUCCUCAAGAAGCUCCAGAUGGAGAGUGAGAACUCGGCCGACUGCAAGCCCCUCACUCGCAUGUCCAGAAGAGCAUCGCUGUCAGACAUUGGUUUUGGGAAACUGGAGACCUAUGUGAAGCUGGGGAAACUAGGCGAGGGGACAUACGCCACAGUGUUUAAAGGGCGUAGCAAACUGACAGAGAACUUGGUGGCCCUGAAGGAGAUCCGACUGGAGCACGAGGAGGGAGCUCCCUGCACAGCUAUCAGAGAAGUUUCCCUACUGAAGAACCUGAAACAUGCAAACAUCGUUACCUUGCAUGAUAUCAUACACACAGACCGCUCCCUCACACUGGUCUUUGAGUACCUGGACAGUGAUUUAAAACAGUACCUGGACAACUGUGGGAACCUCAUGAGCAUGUGCAACGUCAAGAUCUUCAUGUUCCAGCUGAUGAGAGGUCUGUCCUACUGUCACAAGAGGAAGAUCCUCCACAGAGACCUCAAACCUCAGAACCUGCUCAUCAAUGAGAAGGGGGAGCUCAAACUAGCUGACUUUGGUCUGGCGCGUGCCAAGUCUGUCCCCACCAAGACCUACUCCAACGAGGUGGUAACAUUGUGGUACCGCCCUCCAGAUGUGCUGCUGGGCUCCACAGAGUACUCCACACCUUUAGACAUGUGGGGUGUGGGCUGCAUCAUGUUUGAGAUGGCCACGGGCCGGCCCAUGUUCCCUGGAGCCACCGUGAAAGAGGAGCUCCAUCUGAUCUUCAGACUCAUGGGUACCCCCACAGAAGAGAGCUGGCCGGGCAUCUCCAACAAUGAAGAGUUCACAUCCUACCUCUUCCCCCAGUACAAAUCCCAACCACUCAUUAACCAGGUGCCCAGGCUGGAUACAGAGGGGAUAGACCUGCUGUCUGCUCUGCUCAUGUAUGACACAAGGACCAGAGUCUCAGCUGAAGGUUCUCUGAGGUACCCCUACUUCCUGGCUCUGGGAGAGAGCAUCCACAGCCUGGCAGACACUUCUUCAGUGUUCUCCCUCAGAGAGGUACAGCUGCAGAAGGAUCCAGGCCAUCGGAGCUCAGUGUUCCAGCCUCCAGGUCGGGGGAAGAACAGAAGACAGAGCAUCUUCUAGAGCAGUCUGACAGAGGAGAAAUCAUCUGUGGAGAUCUUCUACCGCCUGUAAAACA